ACUCCUGUAAACUCACACCAGGUUAGGCGCCACUGAUCCUCGCAGCAGACAGCUCCCGCGCGUUCAGCUCCGCCGUGGUGCUAAUCGGAAUCGGAGCUCCGUCGGAGAACCGACCAUUUUCUGGCCGUAGAAGGAGGAGAAGAUGCCAGGCCCCGCCUUAGAGAUGGAGCCAGUAGAGCCGCAGUCCUUGAAGAAGCUAAGCUUCAAAUCUCUCAAAAGAGCCCUAGACCUUUUCUCUCCUGUUCACGGCCAUGUCGCUCCUCCCGACUCUGAGAGUAAAAAAAUUCGCAUCAGUCACAAGAUCAGUGUUGAGUAUGGAGGGAUAGAUAACACGAGCACUAAGCCUACUGGUCAAGCAAGUUCCGCCGCUCCUGACGCUCUUGGAACUUCAGCGCCAUCCAAUGCCCUCGCUCUUCCUGGGCCGGACGAUUCUAGAGAUGCGAAGGCCACUACACAUAAUGCUCUGGUUAUUGGUCCAACCGUGCAACCGAACGCACAAAAUGAUGGUGCUCCUCAGGGACGAAGCUCUGCUAUUGUAUCUGCAUCUGGUUCAUCUGAAAGGAUGUCGACGUCUGCAAUUAUGGAAAGAAUUCCAAGCAAGUGGCCACGUCCUGUUUGGCAUGCUCCAUGGAGAAAUUAUAGGGUCAUAAGCGGUCACUUAGGGUGGGUAAGAUCUGUUGCUUUUGAUCCCAGUAACACGUGGUUUUGUACUGGUUCAGCAGAUCGCACCAUAAAGAUUUGGGAUGUAGCAAGUGGGAAGUUAAAACUCACAUUGACAGGUCAUAUUGAGCAAAUACGAGGUCUUGCUGUCAGCAACAAGCAUACCUACAUGUUUUCAGCUGGUGAUGACAAACAAGUUAAAUGCUGGGACCUGGAACAGAAUAAGGUAAUUCGUUCUUAUCAUGGUCAUCUGAGUGGCGUUUACUGUUUGGCCCUUCAUCCAACAAUUGAUGUUUUGCUUACUGGGGGACGUGAUUCUGUCUGCCGGGUAUGGGACAUCCGAAGUAAGAUGCAAAUUCAUGCUCUCUCUGGGCACGAUAACACAGUUUGCUCAGUUUUUACUCGACCCACGGAUCCACAAGUUGUGACUGGCUCCCAUGACACAACCAUUAAGUUUUGGGAUCUUAGAUAUGGAAAGACAAUGACAACUCUAACAUACCAUAAGAAGUCUGUUCGAGCAAUGGCACUGCAUCCUAAAGAGCACAGCUUUGCAUCUGCUUCAGCUGACAACAUCAAGAAAUUUAACCUUCCUAGAGGGGAGUUUGUGCACAAUAUGCUAUCUCAACAGAAGACUAUAAUCAAUGCUAUGGCUGUCAAUGAAGAGGGAGUUAUGGUGACUGGAGGUGACAAUGGUAGUUUAUGGUUCUGGGACUGGAAGAGUGGCCAUAACUUUCAGCAAUCACAAACAAUUGUACAGCCCGGCUCACUGGAUAGUGAAGCUGGUAUCUAUGCUCUCUCUUAUGACAUUACUGGUUCGAGGCUUAUUACUUGUGAAGCAGACAAGACAAUUAAAAUGUGGAAAGAGGACGAAAAUGCUACCCCUGAAACUCACCCCCUCAACUUCAAGCCACCAAAAGAUAUCCGACGUUUCUAGACCUCUGUUUCUGCGGUCAGUAAUCCCUAAUACGAUUUUUCGAACCAAUCUUCGAGAUUUAGUAUAUGAGAAUUUUGGCAGAUUACAUUCCCUGAUAAAAGGCCUCAACAUCUUUGGAUCUCUCCAUGUCUUUUCCCAACUUAAGCUCGUUGCUUUAAUCUGUAAGUGGAUUUUUCAUUCAUAUAAUGUUCUUCAUGCUUGUAGUUGUAGCGAGUCGCGUCUGGGUAGCUCGGUUUCGUGCUCAUUUGGGUUACUCGUACGCGUCGGGAGGUGUUAUGUAGGCUUAUUAAAAUUGUCAAGCCAAGCCCCUGUACUUGCUAAGCCUCCUGAAUAGAAAUGACCUCUUAGUUUCUUUCAUUGUUUGUAUAUAUACAUAUAAUCAAUUACGUUAGUUAUUUAUGACUCCUUUGGAAAUUA